UCAGAUCGCCGUCGGAAGUGAAAAGACGUAAUAUUUUGGACUCGUGAUUAAAAGCAAUCUGGGAGCGACCAAUACGAGCAGUUUCAGUGAAGAUAACAACAGAACACAUCGCUUUGUGCUCAGUGAAACACAGUGCAUUGAUCCAAGUUACCUGCAAGAAACGUUUCUGAUUUCUGUGAAACUAAAUUAAGGCGUAUUUCUUCAGUAUGGCCACGUCAUUUGCAAACUUUUCCUUCGAAAGAUUAUCACAGCAAAUGGGUGCAAAAUUGGAUCCGAGGCUGCGCCAGCAUCUGUCCAAAGUGUACGGAUGCUUGGCGGCCACCUGCACAGCGGCCACGGUCGGUUCGUUCAUUCAUCUGAGCGGGAUCUGGGAAGCAGGAAUGCUAAGCGGUCUGAUCGCACUUGGUCUCGUGCUGGGACUCGUCUUUACGCCCGACAACGGAAAGAACUUCAUUCAACGUUUCAGUAUGCUGAUGGGACUCGGUACCUUCACGGGCCACUCGCUGGGAUUGCUGCUUGAACAGGUGAUCUUCAUCAACCCGGCCAUCGUCGUCACGGCACUCGUUGGCACGACGACUCUGUUUGCCUGCCUAACGGCGGCGGCCUUCUUUGCCAAGCGCGGAAAGUACCUCUACCUCGGAGGAAUUCUGAUGAGCGCGCUCGGCACGAUGGCUCUGAUCAACCUGGGAAACCUCUUCUUCCGCUCCUACUUUGUGCAAGACAUCUCCCUCUACCUUGGCUUGUUCAUUAUGGCCGGUUUCGUGCUGUUCGACACUCAGAUGAUCAUGGAAAAGCAUCAGAUGGGAAGCAACGAUUACAUUGCCCACUCGCUGGACCUGUUCUACGACGUGAUCAACAUCUUCCGACGCCUGCUAAUCAUUCUGGCGCAGAAGGAAGAGAACAACGACCGUAGGAAGCGGAGGAACAACUAAAGUGCGUUGUGCGUCUUGUGCAGGGCGGCUGUUGCUGGCCGUAUUUGUUUUCGUGAAAAGAAUUUGAACAUUUUGGCCACUCUGAGUUGGAUAACUUGCACUAUAAUUGCUACACUGGUUUAAUGCAAAAAAAAUUAAUUAAAUAAUUUCACCCAGAAGUACGCAGGCGCUGUGAAUAAUUCAAACAUUAUUUCUACUGUGAACUGGUGGACUGUAACUGGAUCCAUGUUUUCGUGAAUGUUUUUAAUCAGAUAGCAACCAUAACGAACAAAACGCUUUAUGUUCUAUGUACACUUUUUUUUUUAAACAUCCGUAAUAGGAAAUAUGGGACAUGUGCAUUAUUGUUGACCACUUGGUCAAUUGUUGUAGUACUGAGGUUUAUCAUUUAUGGUGUUUAUUUCCUUUAACCUCCGCUGGUGUACAGGUGUUGUGGUAUCAGUCUUGUGAACAGAUUUUUCACUCAUGCAAGCACUGUUCUGUCGUGCUAAUCUGUGGGAAGGAAUCAAUUAUAAUGUGCUCAGGCGUUACUAUUUUUUUCGCGGGUUAAAAGUAACACAACAAGUGGUUGAAUGUAAGCAUGUAUAGCAUAUCGAUCGAUGUGACCCGCCGCAAACAGUUAAUAAAUCGUAAAAGUAAUUAAAUUAA